AUGUCCGUAUCAGCUUAUCUCGCAGCCUUCGGAAAGGCGUCGCCAGCGACGUACGCCCUCGGCAGCGGACUCCUCGUCACAUCAUCACUCUUCUUUGGAAACAUCGGGCUGUCUCUCACUGGGCCUCUUCCUAUCAUCAGAGAUCAACUUGGCGCGUGCACUCUGAGUUCAAAGCAGAAGAUCAAAGUAUGGAGACUCUUCUUCGACGAAGCCUCUAGAUACAUCAUCGGCGGCACCGGCGUGACAGCGACGCUUCACCUGGCCGCCUUCGCACUGGGCGAAUCGCCCGUAUCCCGCAGGCUCGCCGUCAUGUCGGCGCUCUGUAGCAUCUGCAUCCUGCCGUACACGCUCGUCGUCAUCAUGCCCACUAACAACAGCCUCAUCGCCCUGGAUGACAAGGUGGCUCUAUCGGAGCUGGACAGGAAAAAGGUCGGGUGGCUGAUUGAGAAGUGGGAUCGGCUGCACAAGAUCCGCUUCUUGAUGUACGGAUGUGCGUGGGCUUUGAGUCUUGCCGCGUUUACGUCUUCUUUGUGA